UCCUGUAGUCUUGGAUGGCUGGUUCCCUGUUUGAACCGUUGACAUUUUUGCUGUGGUUUACGUCUGGACAAUCAAUGAAGCGUUGCCUAGUGUUUGUAAACAAAUGGCGGAAAAUCUGUCACAUUUAGUGUGAAUUUAACAGUUGAAUACGACACUUGUCGUUUGUGGUAGCCGUAAAUCCGUGAACUUGUUACUUACAGUUAGUAAAAUAACAUUACAGGUCAUCUGAGAUGACAACGGGACAUAUUUUACCGGGAUAUAAUGAUCCCGUUACCCGCUUAAGACGGGUUCAAAAUAUCGGAUAUCCAAUAGAAUCCGAUAAGAUGUUACAAUUACGACAAGAGACCAGUCUUGAUAGAAAUGAAUUUGAACUGAUCAGGGCCAAGGCUAGGGAAAUAUGGAGUAAGCCCGAUAGAGAAAAAACAACGUAUAAUUUUUAUCAUACGGGAGAUAAAGUUGGAGAGUUUGCUCCGGCUCGUCCGUCGUCUGCUACCAGAAAAAAUAAACCACACCCUCCUCUAGUCUUUUUAACCAACCGGUUACAUCACAUAGCAGGCUAUCAAGAACCAGAUGCAACUUGUCAUCCAUGUACUCCUACACAGGCCUAUAGAGUUGAUGCCAGCGUACCUUUUCCUGAACGAGCAGCAAGACAAUUGACAAGAUCUAAAUACAUUGGUCGACCAAGUACAGUUAGCAUCAAUCAAUAUAGAGACCAGUAUUAUUUAAAAGACUUCAUGGAACCUACUCCUGCGCAGGCUACUGAAGCCUGGUUAAACUGGGCUGGUAAAGACGAAAAAGAACAUGCUUUAUCAUUAUUAGAAGAUCAGAGAAAUCAAUUUGGUAAUAAUGGCACGUACGGAGACCCAUCACGAGCAAAAUCAGCCCUUCCAUCAACAUAUAGAUGGAUGAAAUAUUCUGGUCCUCACGAACACAGUAAAUUGUACGGGAGUGAUCAUCAACCAAAUUAUCCAGCUGUCACUAACACUCUGCCAUAUUCUAUGGACAUACUCGGUUUACGACGAAGAAUUUUACAUCCUCCUAAACAACCCAAGUUACGAUUUCAUUCUGCUAGGGGAGACUACUCUAUACAUCCUGACUGGCCACCUAGUAUACCCCACCACUAUGUGCCCUAAACAGCUUUUUGUAUUGUGAAUUGUUUCAAUUGCAUUUAGUAAUUAAACUCGAAAUACACAGGUCGCAAUUGUAUUGAAUAUAUUUACUGUUUAUUAUUACUGAAUGAUGUUUCUACUAGGAUUCUCUAGUCCUUAUCAUUAUGUCUUUAGAACUAGGUAUAGUAAAUAUGGGACUCAGUAAUAAUAAACAGGUCUAAAUGUAGACCCUAUUCCAUAGAAUUGUGUUCUGUGAAUUAUAGAUUAUCUAAUGAUUUGUAAAAUAGAUUUGUAUAUUAAGAAAGCAAGUUACUCCAAAAUCGAGUGCUGACCAUCAAGAGAACAUUAUUUCCUUUCUCCUGAUGGCUUUAACAAAUUAUUUUAAAUGUGAAAGUUGCUGUGUACGAUGAGUAAAUUUAAUGCCAAAUAGACUUAUAUCCCUGUAUUCUCCUGUGGAGUAUGUUUAGCCUCAUUCAUCGAGUUACUUCAUUACAAAUGGCACUCGAAAGCAUUCUUGUACGCUAUUUGUGUACCAAUUUAAAAUUUUCAUUUUGUCUUUAAAAAUAUUUGCAAUGUCGAAGACUGUGGAGUUAAAGACAUUCCUCCUUAAAACACCCAAGACCUGACUGAUUUACUUAUUGAAUAGCUGUUGGUUUCCAUGGAAACAAAUAGGUUGUAUAAGACUUAUAUUUCCCUGAUUUCACAUACAAUCUAAUUUGACCAUACCUGAUAUCACUGUAGUCCAUUGAUGAGGAAGCAAGCGAGAAAAUAUCUGUCAAAACUGUCUCAUAAUAAAUUAACCAUUUUCAGUCAGUUUUUUAAUGUUAAAGAUACAAUAUGGGAGAUUAGAUAAAGAGCUGGCAGUUCCUACUAUUAUAGGUAAAAACAAGAUAAUGUAAAGGGAAUUUGCUGAAAACUUCAGUCAAAUUGAUCCACUCUGAACCAAGAAUUUAGCGAUUGAAUUUUCAGCCUAGCCCUGAUCAACAUUACUAAAAUCGGUACGAUAAAAAACAUAGUCUCGAUUAUCCAUUUCAUGAUAAAAUCAUGAAUGAAAGUUGAGUAGCAAAUUGGAUCCUAAUCCAGUAAAUAUCACAGGCUAGCCAUGACAUCGAGAGUUGAUAAUGGUCUGAAUAAAUCUUCAGACCAAAGACCUGCAAUAAUAAGCAGAUUUAGCUCUUGCAUAAUGUAUGUUUAAGAGUGUGAACGAGAGUGAGAAAUGGGAUUUAACGUCCACUUGACACAAACUAGGUCAUAUCGGGACUAACAUAUGGUUUAAAUUCAUUGGACAGACAACCCUACUGCUUGUCACAUACAAGCUGGGAAUUGAAACCAUACCACUUGACUCAAUUACAGACCUUAUGAUUUCACUAGACCCCCUCCUCAAUUGUCGAAACUGUCUCAUUAAAUCAACCAUUUUCAGUCAGUAUGUUAAUAUUAAGAGUGUAAAUGAAAUUUGUAUAUUGUUAGAGAGGAUCAGAAAUAUAUCAUUAACUAAUUAAUAUAUAUAUAUAUAACAUGUAUUAGCCAAGAAUAAAAAAAAUAAUAUAUCA